CAUUUAUAUCGCGCCCUCAAGUGAAGGCAGUCUUAGAAUUUCCAAGGACCUGUAGGAGGCGGGUCCCCAGUUUUAAACGUCUGACUGAUAACUGGAAGUUUUCAUAUAUUUCAACUAAAUCAAUACUGCUUGACUUUCAAAAGAGUACGCAAAGAUGUUUCCUGUAUUAUUAUCGAUUGUGCUGGCAAUCCUGUCCAUGGUCGUGCCUUCCACUGCUCAGGGCAGCCCACCAAGAGGAUGCGGGUCCGGGCUCCUAUCCAGAUAUUUUUAUCUUUGUGACCUCGAUUCUGCAUGGGGAAUCGUUUUGGAGACUAUAGCCACUGCUGGAGUUGUCGCCACUUUGGCCCUAAUGAUUGUGUUGUUAGUCCUUAUUCCCUGGGUACCCGACCAGAGAAAGAGAAGCCACAUAGGCAUUCAGUUUGUCUUCUUGUUGGGCACACUAGGUAUCUUCGGGUUAACUUUUGCUUUUAUCAUCACUAACAAUGAGCAGACAUGCCCUACCAGAAUCUUUUUGUGGGGUGUCCUUUUUGCCCUCUGCUUCUCGUGCCUGUUAGCCCAUGUCUGGAGACUGAUCCGGCUGGUCCGGACUGGGAACGGACCUUCUGCAUGGUGUAUGCUUGCUGGGGUUGUGUGCCUCACUCUUGUCCAAGUCAUAAUUGCCAUUGAGUGGUUGAUUAUCACAUUAGUAACAAACUCUUAUACUUGCACAAGCGCGUAUACCCAGAAUGACUUUGUCAUGAUUCUGAUAUAUGUACUUUUCCUGAUGGCUGUCACCUCCCUUCUUUCCCUUCUUACAUUUUUCGGAAAGCAUAAAGCAUGGAAAAAACACGGAGCCCACAUUUUUGUAACAAUGCUUUUCUCUGAUGCCAUUUGGAUUGUCUGGAUUGUCAUGCUGGUGAAGGGAAACAGCCAGCUGGGACACCGCCCUAUCUGGGAUGAUCCAGUGUUGAGCAUCGCACUAGUAUCCAAUGGAUGGGUCUUCAUCCUGAUGUACAUCAUCCCAGAAAUGUGUUACAUAACUCGCAGGGAAGAUUUAACAGAAAUCAUUGACGAUGGACAACCUGUAAGAACCAACAUGUACAAGACUGGAGUGGAUAACCGGGUAUUUAGCCCCGACGAGCCAGGGCAAGUAAAUCACAUGAAUGUAAAGCCCAGUGCCCCACCCAAAUACGAUAACACUAUACCUAUGAAGCCUUAUCAGUCAGAAAAGGAAUUUACCAUUCCACGCCCACACACAUUGGUAAAUGGGUCAUCUCAUCCCUAUGAAGGCUACUAUGGCCGACAAUCAGGAGGACUCUGAGCCAUCAAUGACAGCAUUAUCCUUGUUGGUUAAAAUUGUUUGUUACUUGCACUGAAACUCAGGCUGAACUGGCCUAAAUGACUAAUAAGCUACAUUGCUGCUACCUAGGAUGUAAACAUCCACAAUUUGUACAAGUACUAUGACUGUAAUAAUCUAUGAAGUCCCUGUUCAAAAAAAAAAGAAGACCUAGAGAUAUGGUGGAAAAUAAAACAAUCAUUUAACUUUUUGUACAUCAAAAGUGUAGGAGUAGAUAAUAAAUAAGCAAAAAACUGUCAUUGUAUAAGCAAAUAUCUAUUCACUUUAUCGUGGAAAUGAUUAAAUAUGAAAUGUAGUAUUUGAUUGUAUUAUUAACAUUACAGUAUGCACACAGGGGUUAGCCAAAUGGUGUGGAAGGCUUCAGUGCUUCACUCCUCCUACCACCCAUAUAUCUGAGUGCAGAAAGGACAGUGAGCAUUCAGCUUGGAGCAGGACUGAAGAGAGAGCAUUCAUGGAGUUGUUCUGCUAUUCUACAAGACAGGUUAUAACACAACCUUACUUCUCCCAAAUAGAGGUGUCCAAGUGGUAAUCAAGGAAUGAAUCAGAAUGCCAUACACACACAUGCAUUUGGAGACAUUUCUGUAGAUAUGUGACACUCAGUUUUUCUACUAUAUAAUUUGUGCGCAACUUACUGAGGAGACAAAGAAGAAAAUAUCAGAUGUCAGGGCAAGAGCUAGUCCCUGCAGACUUCUGAUUAGUAACCAGACAAUGAUCUUGCAAACAAAGCACACAAGGAAGACAGUAAUAUCCAAGACACCGGACGAUAAAGAAUAGACCUGAGACUAGGGAAAGAAUGUAUGUGUUAAGGAUGGAUAAGAACAUAUCUUUGAAUCUUCAUUAAGAACAGUGCCACAUGAAAAUUUGCUUUCAGAUUUCACUCUGUUAUCUGCUUAUUCCUACAGAGCUUUAAAAAAAAUUACAUUAAAAUAGUUUCAUAACAUACUCCAUUACUGUUAAGAAAGCUAUUGAAAUAACUAAUUUCAGGGUCUUAGGGGAGAGCAUGCACCAGACAUCACUUCCUUAUAUUUUGAUGUGACUGAAUAUAUGCCUUGGUUGAUAUUUAUGUAAAAAUAUAAUAUUUGUACUGCUUUUGGAAAUAAUUGUAUUUAAUAUGUUAAGGAGUAUAAUUAGUGUAACAAAAUGUUUGUUUUACAUAUUGUAUGUAAAUAAGUGCAGAACUAAGGAAAUAAAAUUAUCAUUGUUUAAAUCAGCUAAUUGAAGAAUAUAUUGUCCGGUAGUAUAGGCAAUCUAAUUUAUUUGCAUUUUGAUAUACUUUUACUCAAGUAUGUUAUGUAGCUGUUCUCUAGUCUGCCCUGGAAGACUACCCUCAGCAAUCCGUAUCUUGGUGUAUGAAAGUUUUCUGGGAAGUACAUUUUGUAUAUGUUCUGAACUCUCCAAUGUUUUAAUAAUAAUUAAUACAUAUUUUGUAAUAUAUAUGGAAAUAAAUGUCUUUUUAGCAUCCUUACCAUUGGAUAGAGCUAGCCAAAGCUCUCCAGAUCCCCAGUUUGGCUGGAAUGUCCUGAUUUUAAUGAACAAAUUGGAUCAUUUCCAGGCAUCCUGAUUUACUUAAUCACAGUUGCAAAUAAUACACUUAAACACAUAAGGUGAUCAUUGGAAUUGACAGAUUGUACUCUCCAGUCAAGGGUUUUCUUAGCCAAUUGACAUUUAUUGGACCUCAAAAUGUACACAGCCGAGCACAAUAACCUGGAAAUGAAUGAAUGAAACCUUCAGGAGAAGAUUCAGAGACUGAAGCGAGCUUCAUGUUGCUGUGGGUACAAACAUUAAGAAAAGUUUUAAGAAAAAAAUAGCUGUUUGAUAAAGUAUUGAAUAGUUUUAGUUCACUGAAGAAAACUGUUUUAAUGAGUGAAUAUGAAGACAUAAUAUGGUGAGGACAGUUUUAAGAGAUAUUUGCUGAUGAGCUACAAGUUCUGACUGAGUUCGAAAGUGAGCUGUAAUUUUCUUAAAGAUUUUUAUUUAAUUGUUACAUUGCAUUGCAAUGGAUUACAGUCAUACUAAUGGAAAACGUAGUAAUUGUUUUACAGAGCAUCAGUCCAUCACAUCUAUCCACCUAUGUAUGCACUCACAGCUGUGAUAGCUGGGAAUUUUCUAAACAGCAGACUUACAAAACUCAUCUCAGUAACCACAAAGUAAAAUCCUUCUUUAACAUAAAAUAUAAAGCAUACACUUUCAUACUAAAAUUAGUUCCUCACAGGCUAAGGAGAUGCCAUCUGGGUGUUCAGCCCUACUUAGUCUGGAGCUGUGCACCUUAAAGACUAAUUAGGUAGUUUUUAGGGUGUUUCAGACAUAAGAUCAACAGUUGUUUGGCUCCAUGUGUAUACUAUGUUUUGACCAUAACCAUCCAUGCAAAGUAGAGUUUGUCCCUGACUCUGUUCAACCGCAACCUGUACCAGUGUAGGGGAACUAUAAAUUCACAUCUGGACUGGUACUUAUGCUCCCAUUGGAAAGGGGCAGCUUAUACAUGCUCUAACACCUAAGCACAACUAUAAGACUCUGAGCAAUUUAUCUUGUCAUUUACAAAUGGGAAACAUGGCUAGGCUUAAAAAAGGUCCACUAGCACAGUAAUCACCUAUGAACCUAUAACACCAACAACUGUCUGACUCCCAAUGCAUAGGAUGUUUUAUCCAUAAGACCAACAACUGUUUAGCUCCUAGUCACUGCUGUACAACUCUUGGUAAACAAUCCAUGGAUUACCACGGCAGUAAACAAAACAAUAGCCCAGAGUAGUAUGUACAGCAAAUAUCCACUGAGUAAUAUGGAGCAUAGAGGGCACAUCAUAUACUCUGAAUUAGAGAAUAGGUCACUACUCAUCAUUAACAAGAGUGUAGAACCCUUAACAGCAGGAGGCAGUCCACCAUGUGCAGAGUAUCACCACCUGACUCUAUGAGCACAACACUAGAACACCACCUGUGGUCAUGGCCAAAUUUUAAUCUAGCAGUGUGUUAACAGAGAGGCAGAUGUGCUAUUGGAUGCAAACAAGGCACAUGGAUAUGACCUGAGCAGCUCAUAUGGAACCCUUCUAUAUAUUUGGGGUACUAAAAGCAUAUAAAGGUCAGCAAACUUCUUAAGUAAUGUAAAACAUACUUCCUCCCCAUCUGUGUUCUACUAGUCUGUCUUUCCAGUUUGGCAUGCAUGCCCUGCACAUAUCAUUCACACUACACAUCACUACCUUAUAAUAUGUAAAUGUGUAUGCAUAGUUUCAGAGAGAUUUGGUGCCUCUGACUUAUAUCUGAGUUCUGAAUAUACAUCAUAUGGUAUGGUAUUCUGUAUAUGUUGCUUACUCCAAAGUAAGUACUCCUGAAACUCACCACAUAGAAGCUGUCUUUGUCAGUUGAUUUUGGACCAUCUUUCAUACCAGAUCUUACUUGGUAUCAAAAAUAAAGAAACAAUAUAUGUCUCUGUACAGAAAAAAGUGUAUGUGGUCAGAAACAAUCUGUCAUUUUAGAAUGGUGGAAAUUCAGCUGCCUGAGACCUCUCUCUGUAAGGACAUUUAUCUGAGAACUGAAAACUGUGGAUCCAGAAGUCUGAUUUUUCCUGAAUGAAAACAGAAUAUAUGAGAGGCCUAAAAUGCUGCAGGAUGCUUGAUUCUCAAUACCAAAUAUGAAUGAACUGAAAAAAAAUGGGUGUAGCCAGGUAUACACCAGGUACACCACCUCAUGCAAUGAGAUGUUUUAAAACUGAAAAUAAAAAAUGCAUAUUUAUCAUC